UUUGACUGUGGAGCGAAGAACCCCAGCUGGGCAAGCAUAACAUAUGGAGUUUUUCUCUGUAUUGAUUGUUCAGGGACCCAUCGAUCACUUGGUGUUCAUUUGAGUUUCAUUCGAUCUACAGAGCUGGAUUCAAAUUGGUCUUGGUUUCAGCUGAGAUGCAUGCAAGUUGGAGGAAAUGCAAAUGCUUGUGCUUUUUUCCAUCAACAUGGAUGCACAACAAAUGAUACCAAUGCGAAGUAUAACAGUCGCGCUGCUCAGCUUUACAAGGAGAAGAUUAAGUCUCUUGCAACACAGGCAACAAGAAAGCAUGGUACUGAUCUGUGGACAGAUGGGUGUGGAAUGCCACCUCUGUCACCUCAAAACAAAGAGGAAGACUUUUUUGCAUCCCAUGUUUCUCCCAAGGCAAAGAAUACAGAGUGGGUGUUAUCAGAGCCAGAGACGGUUUCUUUACAGCAGAAGACUUCAGAUAAUACUCCGGAAUGCUGUGAAGGACCAGAAUAUGGACCAAGUGUUGAUUGCCUUAGUACAUCACCGAAAGCUGCAUUAGAGAACACCACCUUCAUAAAAAAGAAGCCAAAUCAAGCUAAGAAGGGGCUCGGUGCCAAAAAAGGUGGUUUGGGGGCACAAAAAGUGAGCAGCCAAAACUUUAAUGAGAUUGAAAGACAAGCACAAGCUGUAGAUAAAAUGAAAGAACAAGAAGAUCUUCAUAUCAGUAAGAAAACGGAGAAGGAAGAACCACUUGUAUCAUCUUUACGGUUGGCCUACAGAGAUCUUGAUAUUAAAACAAAGGAAGAAAAUUUAAAUCUAUCCGGUAAGAAGAAAAGUGAAUUGGAGAGACUUGGCAUGGGAUUUGGCAGCAACAGAAGUGGCAUUUCUCACUCAGUCACCUCAGAUAUGCAAACAAUAGAGCAGGAGACACCUGCAAUUGCAAAGCCGAAGAAAAAGUACACCGAUGAUGUAGAAGACUCAUAUUUCUCUUCUAGUUCAAGAUACUAUGGUUCUUCAGAUUUGAGGAGCAACACUUUCUCUAAAUGGGAUGACAAUCCGGAUUCUUUCUGGGAGAAAGAAAAUAACAGUAGAGAUGUCGAUAUAAUGCUAAAUUCAAAAAGUACAGAAUUUUCAGACAGGCCUGCAUCUCGUCGUAAGCCUGAAUAUGAACCAUCUUUAAACACAGAUGAGGCACAAAAAAAAUUUGGCAAUGUAAAAGCGAUUUCAUCAGACAUGUAUUUUGGAAGGCAAGAUCAUGCUGAUUAUGAAGCAAGGGCUCGACUAGAAAGACUUUCUGGAAGCUCAUCUAUAAGUUCAGCUGACUUGUUUGAAGAUCAGAAAAAACAACCAACAGGAAGUUAUAAUAUUACAAAUGUCUUGCCUUCUGCUCCUGAUAUAGCUCAGUUUAAACAAGGAGUGAAAUCAGUGGCUGGGAAACUUUCUGUACUUGCUAAUGGGGUCAUGACAUCUAUACAGGAUCGAUAUGGUUCAUAACAUCUUUUGUAUCGACAUAACUAUAGAAGGAUUUCUCUUCAGAUAUACAAGUGAUCACACUGCUGAUUCGAAAGGUUGCCUUAAGACUGUUGAUGUUUUUACUUGUUCCAGCAUAUUUCAUAUUUGUGCAGCUUCCUGGCUCAGCCUCUUCUUACUGCUACUUCAUCAAUAC